AUGAAUUUGAAGGCUGCCAAGCAGCUUUUGAAGAAUAUCCAGGAGAAGGACGCGCUCGAUUCUUGUAACAACUUCCUCGCUGCAAAGACCCAACUAGAGUAUACAGAAGCUGCAAAAACCUACAAGGAGUACUUGGCCACAGAUUACCGUUCAUUGGAUAAGCAAGCAACUGAGUUAAUUCUGACCUUAGGAGUUCAUGAGCCAGGCAAGGAAGCAGACCUGACUGCUGAUCUCGUCUUGAAGGGCCUUGCAAAGCUUUCCAAGGAAGAGCGUGCCCUUCAAGCUGAGCUGGUAUCACUUGUGGGUGGAUACAGAACUGCGGCGACAGAACAAAAACUUACGACGCUCCUACAGAUCAAGGAUAGGCCAUCUAAUAUGUUCUAUCCGUCUAGAGCCUUGUCUGGGGCUGAGUAUCAUGCAUAUGAUAUGAAUCUCCUCAAGGUCUCUUGCGAAGCAGAAGGUCUCAUAGGUCUGAUUUUAGACAGCUCUAGCAAGAUUACUAUGUGUCCAGCAACGCUUAGCAAAGUGCUGUACAUCAAUUUGAAUGAUAGGAAUGCAGUUCCACCAAAGAUCUCGCCUUCGUCUUAUUAUUAUGCGGCAUUUGUGCGUCCAUUUGGCGUCUACUUGGCUCGAAAAUCAGCAAGCACCAACAUUCAAGGCUUAAAGAUGGCUUAUUCGGCAGUGAAGAGGGUGUUCAGUACGUGGGUGGAUCCCAUCAAAAGAACGCUGCUAUCGGUUAAGAGUAAGGUUCCUGAUCAGCUGUCUUCUAUUCAAGGGGCUAUACAAUCAGUUGACACAUAUCUAUCUCUUAUGGGUACUAUUGGGUUGCGUUUUAGCCACUUGAAGACCACGCUUCAUGAUACUGCGGAGCUACUACAGGUAACAGAACAAGCAGAUGAGCAGCUUCGGUACAAUUUUGAUACUUACUUAGACCGUGCCCUUGAACUGUACGAGCGCAGCAAAGCGCAAGUCGACUCUGUGAAGAGGGCCUCCAAUCAACUUGCUGAUGUAGAAAAUACGGAUCCUGAUUCACAGGACACAGAGGCACACGGAGAUGCUGUGAUUCUAAAGGUGGCCAAAGAUGUUAAAAAAGCCAAGCAGAUUGCUCAAUUCAAGGCACAAAAAGAAGCUGUACUUGAUGCUCAGAAUCGUACUGCAAGUGUGUCUGAUAAAUUACAGCAGGGAGCUAUGCAUGACAUGGCGUCAUACAGAGCUGGGAUAAUAGAGCUGCGGCAGAAGCUGCUCGAGCAGGAAAAGAAAAGACAAGCAGAGCUUCUUUUGCAAUACGAGCGUGAGGAGAGAAAGCGUAGAGAAGCUGCAGAGGCCGAUGCAGCUGCCGUUAGACCGCAUGUCGAACGUAGCAAGGAGCGCGUCCUUGCACCAACAGAGGCUCUUCUGCGCAAACAAGCGGCAAAUAGAGCUCGUGCACAGCUUCUGGCCAACGAAGGCGCAAGUAGGCUCUUUCAAACAGAUCUCGCCAUAGACGGAGAAUUGGUUACAAUGGCAGGCAAGAAUGGAAUUGUCAGGGAUAACCAGGAAAAUGCGAUCUCCACCAUAGCUUCUGAGCUCAUGGCGCAGUACGGGAUCUUGGGAACGCAGUACGCCCGCGAUGCUCUGGCAGAGCUUCGUAGCCAGGAACUUGCUGCUAGGUUCCAUCACUACAGCAUCCGCGAUAGCGUUGCGAGUCUCUUUGGCAACUGA